CCUCGUUGUAACCUCUCACACCCAGGAAAUCCAGGGACUGAAGACAACUGUCAAAUGGCCCUUGUCACAAACUACCUUUACCUGUUUACUGAGCCACUACUUAUAAUGCAGGACUUGAAUGCUCAAACACUAAGGAUUUGAUUAGGAAGCAGAGAUGAACAGCCAAAGCCCUCCUGUUCUUGAAAGAAAGCCCAGCUCUCCUGCUAUGCCAAGUGAAGAGGGUUCAGAAGGUGGCAAACAUCUAGGGGAAUCAAUUGAAAACAGGCUUAGCAUAAAGGAUUUUACCGAAAUUCAGAAUCUGUUUAAGUCCCCAGAGCUAAAUCCACCAGAAUGUAUGAGCAAGGAGGAAUUCAUGGAGAGAACAUAUGCAGCCGUGAGGCGCGGAGUGAAAGAAGAAUACAGGGAUUUAUUUGAUAAGAUAGAUGUGAGUCGUGAAGGUUUCAUUGAUUGGGACAAAUUAACAUCCUUCAUGCUGCUUGAGCUUUACGAGAAAGAUGAACGAGUGAAAUCAUCAGUAAUUCCCCAGUGGAAGGAUAUUCGCAGUCUUCCAUUAAUUCACAAGGAAAACAUCCAAAAAGUAGUUUAUUUGAAAGGUUCUUGCCGCUACGUAACUUUGAGCAAAGAUGGAUUACUGGGAGUCUGGGGAGAGAAUUUAAAACUACAAAGAAGCCUGCGGAUCUGCACAGAUACCGUCAAGCUGAAAGAUUUAUGGGCCACCAGCUUGGUAUUCCUGGCCAAUGUAAACAAGAUCGCCGUUGCCUUCACAAGUAAGGAAAUCUGUUUCUAUGAUCUCAAUUCAAAGCAGGACCUGUUUUGCCAAUAUAAACUGCAAGGAUUGCUUGCCACACCAAUAUGCAUGGAUUACUGGCACAACCCAGAUGAUGGCAAUGAAGCUGUUCUUACAUUUGGAGAUGUCAAUGGGCAGGUGCAGGCUAUAUGUUUCAUAUCAGCUAUGAUAUCCUUGUUUGAGCGGCCGGCUAAUUCUACUGAGGAUCAGCAGACUACCCUGUACAUUACCUGGAAAGAAUUGGUUGGUGGAUUCCACAAAUGUUGCUCGAUUGCAAAACACGAACUUCAUGAAAACAACUGGGUGCGACAAGUUACUUACAGCUCUCAUUUAGAGGCAUUCCUGUCGUGUACUACAAGUGACAAUAACACAGUGAUUCUGGCCUGGAGAGAAAAAGGUAAAACCCAUCUGAGGACAACCUCUCUGAACAUUGCUAAAGGAAUUAAUGGCUUUGACUUUGAUUCGGGACUAAAUAUAAUUGCAACUGCUGGAAUCGAUCACAAGAUUUGUCUCUGGAACCCCUAUGUCGUCUCCAAACCCACUGGAAUUCUGCAAGGCAACAUGGCCAGUGUGAUCACUGUCAAAUUCAUUGCUAGUCGCAAACAGCUGUUUAGUUUUUCUAAAGACAAGGUGCUGAGGGUCUGGGACAUACAUCAUCAGGUGUGCAUACAACGCAUAGCUGGAAUCUUCCCCAAAACACUGGAAUUUCAAAUGUCCUUCUAUUUCUAUGAGCCCCAUGGACGUCUAUUUCUGUCCUUCAACAACCAGCUGUCAGUACUGGAGAUGAAGAAGGAGGCCAGUAAAAGAGUUACAAGCCACGAGAAGCCAGUGACGUGUGUGCUGUACAAUGCUACGUUCAAGCAGGUAAUCAGCUCAGACACAGGAUCGACAAUUACUUUCUGGAUGAUAGACACUGGAAGGAAAAUCAAACAGUUCUCGGGCUGUCAUGGCAAUGCAGAGAUUAGCACCAUGGCUUUAGACACAAGUGAAACCAGGCUAUUAACAGGGAGCACUGAUGGAACAGUAAAGAUGUGGGAUUUCAAUGGUCAUUGUCACCAUAAACUAAAUGCUGGAAGAGACAGAGCGGUGGAAAUUUCUCAGAUCCUAGUGCUGAAGAGAACUAUACUGGUGGUCGGAUGGGAGAGGAUAAUUACAGUUUUCCGACUGAACACCUUAAACCAAUACCUUGUUCAGCCUUCAGAGUGGAAGGGAGGAGUUCAGCACCAUGAUGAUAUCUUAUGUGCAGCUUUCCUGCCACCUCAAAACCUGGUCACAGGUAGCUAUGAUGGAGAGAUGGUUGUUUGGAACAACAAUACAGAAAAUGCUUCCAGAAAACUUCAUCCAGAUCAUGCUAAAGCACUGAGGUCAAAAUCAGAAUCUCAGCUGCAAAGCCCUGGAAAAAGAAGCAUCUCCUCGUCAUCUUCUGGAAGAUAUACACGUUCUUCGAGUGGCUCCUGCAACACAGAGUCUGACAGCAAUAAUACCGUAACAAGAUUGUUCUUCCUGGGGGCAAGAAAACAUAUCUCAGCUACAGGUGGGGCCAACCUGGUGUCUUGUGGAGGAUCGGGCUAUGUUAGAUUUUGGAAUAUAUUUAGAAACCAGUUAAUGGCAGAGUUUCAAGCUCAUGAAGGUGCAAGUUUCAUAGUUAUGACCAUUGACAAAACAAACAAUUACCUCAUUACAGGAGAUCUAGAUGGAUGGAUUAAAGUUUGGGACAUACAGGAGUACUGUAUUGAUUACAGUGAAAAGAAGACGAUGGAACUCCCACCAUUGGUCAUGUCUUUCCAACCACACAGUGACUGCGUAACACACAUUGAGACAUGCACACACAAUCACUGCCUCCUCAUCAUUUCCGCAUCUGCAGACUGCAGCCUAUGUGUCAGUGAUGUAUUUGGGAACCCAGUAGGAACAUUUGGACAGGAAGAACAUUGGAGAAUUGAGAAACGUUCUUUGAUACCAGAAAGUGAUAAUGAGUUAGACAAUAUACAAGAAACGACAGGGGGCUUUGCUUCUCCCCAUAAUGAAACUGCAGUACAACCUGAAACUCAUGGUUUAGAGCUCUUCACCGAACAUAAAGAGGAGUUGUCCUUUAAGAAUAGUCCUUGGGAAAACACAAUCUUGGGUAGAAAAUACAGAAGAAAUGGGUUAAAAGAAAAGUUACAUGCAAACUUCAUUGGGGAUUCAGUCCAAAAUGCAAUUGGUACCUUCAGCUUGUUAAACAUUGGUUCUCUGCGGGAAACUGCUGAAAUGAGAAAACCCGAUUUUGUUGUAAAUCCUGACAAAUACUUUGGAGAAAAGGUAGAAGAAAAAACUUUGAAUAUUGUAGAAUUCCCUGCCUUCACUGAAUCCCUGAAAGCCGUGUUUGAUGAAGGAAGCCUCUUCCCAAGAGAAAUAUUGGAACGUGAACUAGAAGCAAAACAACAAAAUGAGAGAAUGUUUCAGGAAUCCAAGAUAAAGAGAAACAAGAAAACCACAAGGAUAAUAGAAAAGUAGCACGUUGUACCGAGGCCUUAACAAGCGUGACAACCAUGUCUUCUCAUUAUACUGGGCAUUAAACAUGCACCUGUCCU